AUGGGGCCUGUGUACGAGCCCUUCAUCUUCCCCGCAGACACCACUGGUGCUUGCCGGGCCUCGCGGGUGAUGCGGGGGGCACGGGGAACAGUCCUGUGUUCCCACCUUCUUGGGCUGCAGACAGGCCACGUUGGUCCUGUGGUGACUGGGGGCUCCCAGGAGAACCCCACCGCAGAACCGGAGAGGUUGCCCCAGAGAAGGUGGCCGCCGGCCGUCUCUGGGUUCCAGGAGAACUGCACGAUCCUCGGGGAGCUGGUGAGGCUGCAGGCCCAGAAGUCCUGCCUGCUGGGGUUCAGCACGCGUGCCGACUCCGUGCUGGAGAUGAACAUGGCCAAGACCAGCCAGGUGGUGGCCACUUUCCUAGAUGAGCUGGCCCAGAAGCUGAAGCCCCUCGGAGAGCAGGAGCCCGUGAUCCUGGAGCUAAGGAAGGCCGAGUGCCAGAGGCGGGGCCUGCACUUUGACGGGCCCAUCAACACCUGGGACCCGCGCUACUACAUGAACCAGGGGGAGGAGACACGCUACCACGAGGACCAGUACCUGCUCAAUGAGUCCUUCCCCAUGCAGGUGGUCACGCGCGGGCCUGGGCUGACCUUCGACCUGGAGGAGGGCACCAACGUGUGUCACGAAGACAUGAGGCUCUACACGGUCCGGGACGCAGCCUCAGGCAAGUCAUCCAUCGGCAAGUUCUACCUGGACCUCUACCCUCGGGAAGGGAAGUCCGGGCACGCGGCCUGCUUCGGCCUGCAGCCGGGCUGCCUGCAGCAGGAUGGGAGCCGCCAGAUCGCCAUCGUGGCCAUGGUGGCCAACUUCACCAAGCCCACGCCCGACACGCCCUCCCUGCUGCAGCACGAUGAGCUGGAGACCUACUUCCACGAGUUCUGGCAAGCGAUGCACCAGCUCCGCUCCCAGGCGGGUGCGGGCGCGGGGCUGCGGGCAGGGGCCGGGGAGGGCCUGGGAGCGCGUGGUCCUCAGGCAGGCCCUCGCCACGGGAUUCUUCCGCUGAUGUCACCCCGCACGUGGCGACGCCCUCGGUGUCAUCUUCCAUCGUCAAAGCCUACACACUGGAUGCGUAAACAACAGAAAUGGAUGUCCUCGAGACUCUGGAGGCUGGAAGCCCCAGAUCAAGGAUCUCGGUGGGGCACGGGCAGCACUGUCCCCCAGGGGCUGCGGGACAAGCUCAUCAAGUCCCGGCAGGCCAAGCCAGGCCUCUUCAACCUGCGCCAGAUCGUCCUGGCUGAGGUGGACCAGGCCCUGCACACGCAGACGCCCGCGGACCCGGCGAAGGAGAAUGCCCGCCUCUGCCAGGAGAUCCUCGGGGUCCCAGCCACGCCAGGGACCCACCUGCCUGCGACCUUCGGCCGCCUGGCAGGAAGAUACAAUGCCCAGUCCUAUGGCUACCUGUGCAGCGAGGUGUACUCCGCGGACACGUUCCACACACGCUUCAAGCAGGAGGGCGUCCUGAGUGGCAAGGUUGCCAUGGACUACAGAAGCUGCAUUCUGAGGCCAGGCGGCUCCAAGGAUGCCAAGGGCAUGGUGAAGCUCUUCCUGGUUUGUGACCCCACGCAGGAUGCCUUCCUCCUGAGCAAAGGGCUGCAGGUUGAGGGCUGCAAGCCGCCGGCCUGCUGA